AUGAACCGCAUAUUUGGGUCGUCAGCAAGCAAGAAACCGAAACCUUCGCUACAAGAUGCCAUCGCUUCGACAGAUGCGAGGACUGCGUCCAUUGAAGUCAAAAUUAGGAAGCUCGACGGCGAACUGGCACGGUAUAAAGAGCAAAUGAGCAAAUUGCGUAAUGGACCAGGCAAGGAGGCCAUCCAGACCCGGGCCCUCAGAACACUGAAGCAGAAGCGCAUGUAUGAAUCGCAAAUUGCUCAGCUCACGCAGCAAUCUUUCAACAUGGAAUCUGCAGCCCUUGCUACCGAAAAUCUCCGCAAUACAAUGGCCACAGUUGAUGCCAUGACCCAGGCCAACAAAGAAAUAAGAAAGCAAUAUGGCAAGAUCGACAUUGAUAAGAUUGAGAGUAUUCACUAUGACAUGGAAGACCUACUGGAACAAGCAAACGAGAUACAAGAGUCACUCGGAAGAUCAUAUGCUGUCCCAGACGAAAUCGAUGAAGCUGACCUCGAGGCCGAGCUGGAUGCGCUUCAAUUUGAGGAGGAAGAGGAGGGCACGUCAUAUCUUGCCGAUCUCAAUAAGGUACCGGACUUCGUGGACGAACCACCCGUCGAGCUUUCCGAGACUCCGGCGCAACACGAAGCGAUCAAGACGACAGGUUGA